GUACGACUAUGACUACCUUAAACAUAACCUCAAUCACGUCAUCUGGCAAUAUCCCCUCGCAGAAGCUUAGCAUGCCAUUCUCAUCCACAAACUACUUUGUUUAGACUAGCAACUGCUCAUGCGCAUCGAAUGGCUUCUACCUAAGCCAAGGGUGCCUAAAUCUGUGUCCACAGGAACUCUAGUAGCAUUCUUCUCACGAAAAGUUAUCCUCUCCGUACCUACUUUUACUUACUGUAUUGAACACAACACAAAACUGCUCACAUAUAUAGUCUCUUUCAGCUUCUUGAAUAAAGCUAGUGAGGGAACGGUAUUUUCGAGUUACUAGCAUAAGGGGCGUAAAUAAGACACCUUUUAUCUGAGCCGUACAUAAAAUAAUGCACUUUAAUCACCAGAUUCUUACGUGAUAACAAUAUUUUCAUGUAACAUCUAGUCCACAGAUAUCCAAUUUACUCUCUUCACACUUAUCACGCUAAUAUAAUAUUAAAAGAUUUUUUUAUUGUUAACAAUAAAUAAGUGAGAUAUAAAGAGAUAAUAAUAACAAUAACAAUGCGGAAUAUUGAGAUAAAAGCAAAAGUUAAUAAUCCAGAACAUUUAAUUUCUUUAACUAAAGAGCUGACAGAUUCUGACUGUACAAUCAUAAAGCAGCAUGAUACUUUCUUUAAAGUAGCAGAAGGUCGAUUAAAAUUACGACAGUUUGAAGAUGGGUCUGGAGAGUUAUUAUAUUACAUAAGAUCUAAUACAUUGGGUCCCAAACUCUGUAACUAUCAGAAAACAAGUCUUAAUCCUGAUGCCUGUACCGGUAUUAGAAAUAUUUUGAGUGCAUCAAAUGGUUGUAUCGGUAUUGUAAAAAAGACUAGAAAGUUAUAUAUGAUUGGUCAGACCCGAGUACACAUUGAUGAAGUUGAAGGUUUAGAAACUUUUAUGGAGUUAGAGGUUAUUUUAGAGGAUGAACAAGAUAUGGAAACUGGAGAAAAAAUUGCUCAAGAUUUAAUGGCUAAAUUAAAUAUAAAGAAUGAAGAUUUAAUAGCAAAUGCUUAUAUAGAUCUCCUAUUAAAGAAUUAAGCUAAUUAUAAGGGAAAUAUAAAACAAAAAUAUCUAAAAUACA